GUUUUAUUCUUCCAGUUGUGAGAAGACCGGGCCAUGUCCGGCCCUGGCAAACGCAUCCGCAAGCCGUCGCUGCUGUUCGAGGGCUUCGAGAGCCCUGCGCUGCCCCACGCCACGCCCUCGGGCCCGCCCCCUCCACCGCAGCCGUCCGUCAAAGACCCCAGCCGGCAGGGCAGGCUGACCAAUCAGCUCCAGUUCCUGCAGAAGGCCGUCACCAAGGCCCUGUGGCGGCACCACUUCGCCUGGCCUUUCCACGAGCCCGUGGACGCUGUCAGACUCAACCUGCCGGACUACCAUAAAAUCAUCAAGCAGCCGAUGGACAUGGGCACCAUCAAGAAGCGGCUGGAGAAUAACUACUACCGCAGUGCCAGCGAGUGCAUGCAGGACUUCAACACCAUGUUCACUAACUGCUACAUCUACAACAAGCCCACGGAUGACAUUGUGCUGAUGGCCCAGUCCCUGGAGAAGGUCUUCUUGCAGAAGGUGGCCCAGAUGCCGCAGGAGGAGAUUGAGUUGCCCCCACCUGCGCCGCGGGGGAAACCGGGGAAGCCGGGCAAAGGGUGCAAGGCAAACGUGUCGGGGGGUGUCACUACAGCCCACCAGGUCCCAGCCGUGUCCCAGUCAGUGUAUUCCCCCCCCACCCCCGAAACUCCGGACUCGCUGCUAUCCACCCCCCCACAGACCCUGCUGGCCAAAAGUCUGCCCCCCACCAUCAGCCCGCCUGCCCUGCUGGGACUGCCCCCCACGCAGCCCACCGCUAAGAAAAAGGGUGUGAAGCGUAAAGCGGACACCACCACGCCCACCACCAUGGCCCUGCCCCUGACGCCGGGGAUCCGGAUGGGCGUGGGCGGCGGGGGUGACUCUCCACUGACCCUCUCGUCCCUGGGGGUGGAGCCAAAGCCGGGACUGGGCCUGGCGAGGGGUGGGGUCGGCGGGGGCGGGCCGGUCCUCCUGCAGCCCAUGAUGGCGGGGAGGGGCCCGGCGCGGCGGCGGGAGGGCGGGCGGCCCAUCAAGCCACCACGGAAGGACCUGCCGGACUCGCAGCUGCAGCACCAGCCGUCGCGCCGCGGGAAGCUGAGCCAGCAGCUGCGCUACUGCAGCGGCGUCCUCAAAGAGCUGCUCUCCAAGAAGCACGCCGCCUAUGCCUGGCCCUUCUACAAGCCCGUGGAUGCCUCCGCCCUCGGCCUGCACGACUACCACGACAUCAUCAAGCACCCCAUGGACCUCAGCACUAUCAAGAGGAAGAUGGAUAACCGUGAGUACAGGGACUCCCAGCAGUUUGCCGCGGACGUCAGGCUCAUGUUCUCCAACUGCUACAAGUACAACCCUCCGGACCAUGACGUGGUGUCCAUGGCUCGCAAGCUGCAGCUCUGUGGGUGUGAGUGUGGCGGGGGCCGGAGGGAUGGACCGGGCCAUGUCCGGCCCUGGCAAGCGCAUCCGCAAGCCGUCGCUGCUGUUCGAGGGCUUCGAGAGCCCUGCGCUGCCCCAUGCCACGCCCUCGGGCCCGCCCCCUCUGCCGCAGCCGUCCGUCAAAGACCCCAGCCGGCAGGGCAGGCUGACCAAUCAGCUCCAGUUCCUGCAGAAGGCCGUCACCAAGGCCCUGUGGCGGCACCACUUUGCCUGGCCCUUCCACGAGCCCGUGGACGCUGUCAGACUCAACCUGCCGGUGAGCGCGUCUGCACCCGGCCUUCCACACAGCACCACGGGCCUUCCGGAACCUUCCGCCAUUCGUGUUUCCCAGGCCCCUCUGCACAGGAAUGCAUGUUCCUGUGGGACUACCAUAAAAUCAUCAAGCAGCCGAUGGACAUGGGCACCAUCAAGAAGCGGCUGGAGAAUAACUACUACCGCAGUGCCAGCGAGUGCAUGCAGGACUUCAACACCAUGUUCACUAACUGCUACAUCUACAACAAGCCCACGGAUGACAUUGUGCUGAUGGCCCAGUCCCUGGAGAAGGUCUUCUUGCAGAAGGUGGCCCAGAUGCCGCAGGAGGAGAUUGAGUUGCCCCCACCUGCGCCGCGGGGGAAACCGGGGAAGCCGGGCAAAGGGUGCAAGGCAAACGUGUCGGGGGGUGUCACUACAGCCCACCAGGUCCCAGCCGUGUCCCAGUCAGUGUAUUCCCCCCCCACCCCCGAAACUCCGGACUCGCUGCUAUCCACCCCCCCACAGACCCUGCUGGCCAAAAGUCUGCCCCCCACCAUCAGCCCGCCUGCCCUGCUGGGACUGCCCCCCACGCAGCCCACCGCUAAGAAAAAGGGUGUGAAGCGUAAAGCGGACACCACCACGCCCACCACCAUGGCCCUGCCCCUGACGCCGGGGAUCCGGAUGGGCGUGGGCGGCGGGGGUGACUCUCCACUGACCCUCUCGUCCCUGGGGGUGGAGCCAAAGCCGGGACUGGGCCUGGCGAGGGGUGGGGUCGGCGGGGGCGGGCCGGUCCUCCUGCAGCCCAUGAUGGCGGGGAGGGGCCCGGCGCGGCGGCGGGAGGGCGGGCGGCCCAUCAAGCCACCACGGAAGGACCUGCCGGACUCGCAGCUGCAGCACCAGCCGUCGCGCCGCGGGAAGCUGAGCCACACGCCGCCUAUGCCUGGCCCUUCUACAAGCCCGUGGACGCCUCCGCCCUCGGCCUGCACGACUACCACGACAUCAUCAAGCACCCCAUGGACCUCAGCACUAUCAAGAGGAAGAUGGAUAACCGUGAGUACAGGGACUCCCAGCAGUUUGCCGCGGACGUCAGGCUCAUGUUCUCCAACUGCUACAAGUACAACCCUCCGGACCAUGACGUGGUGUCCAUGGCUCGCAAGCUGCAGCUCUGUGGGUGUGAGUGUGGCGGGGGCCGGAGGGAUGGACCGGGCCAUGUCCGGCCCUGGCAAGCGCAUCCGCAAGCCGUCGCUGCUGUUCGAGGGCUUCGAGAGCCCUGCGCUGCCCCAUGCCACGCCCUCGGGCCCGCCCCCUCUGCCGCAGCCGUCCGUCAAAGACCCCAGCCGGCAGGGCAGGCUGACCAAUCAGCUCCAGUUCCUGCAGAAGGCCGUCACCAAGGCCCUGUGGAGGCACCACUUUGCCUGGCCCUUCCACGAGCCCGUGGACGCUGUCAGACUCAACCUGCCGGACUACCAUAAAAUCAUCAAGCAGCCGAUGGACAUGGGCACCAUCAAGAAGCGGCUGGAGAAUAACUACUACCGCAGUGCCAGCGAGUGCAUGCAGGACUUCAACACCAUGUUCACUAACUGCUACAUCUACAACAAGCCCACGGAUGACAUUGUGCUGAUGGCCCAGUCCCUGGAGAAGGUCUUCUUGCAGAAGGUGGCCCAGAUGCCGCAGGAGGAGAUUGAGUUGCCCCCACCUGUGCCGCGGGGGAAACCGGGGAAGCCGGGCAAAGGGUGCAAGGCAAACGUGUCGGGGGGUGUCACUACAGCCCACCAGGUCCCAGCCGUGUCCCAGUCAGUGUAUUCCCCCCCCACCCCCGAAACUCCGGACUCGCUGCUAUCCACCCCCCCACAGACCCUGCUGGCCAAAAGUCUGCCCCCCACCAUCAGCCCGCCUGCCCUGCUGGGACUGCCCCCCACGCAGCCCACCGCUAAGAAAAAGGGUGUGAAGCGUAAAGCGGACACCACCACGCCCACCACCAUGGCCCUGCCCCUGACGCCGGGGGUCCGGAUGGGCGUGGGCGGCGGGGGUGACUCUCCGCUGACCCUCUCGUCCCUGGGGGCGGAGCCCAAGCCGGGACUGGGCCAGGCGAGGGGUGGGGUCGGCGGGGGCGGGCCGGUCCUCCUGCAGCCCAUGAUGGCGGGGAGGGGCCCGGCGCGGCGGCGGGAGGGCGGGCGGCCCAUCAAGCCACCACGGAAGGACCUGCCGGACUCGCAGCUGCAGCACCAGCCGUCGCGCCGCGGGAAGCUGAGCCAGCAGCUGCGCUACUGCAGCGGCGUCCUCAAAGAGCUGCUCUCCAAGAAGCACGCCGCCUAUGCCUGGCCCUUCUACAAGCCCGUGGACGCCUCCGCCCUCGGCCUGCACGACUACCACGACAUCAUCAAGCACCCCAUGGACCUCAGCACUAUCAAGAGGAAGAUGGAUAACCGUGAGUACAGGGACUCCCAGCAGUUUGCCGCGGACGUCAGGCUCAUGUUCUCCAACUGCUACAAGUACAACCCUCCGGACCACGACGUGGUGUCCAUGGCCCGCAAGCUGCAGGAUGUGUUUGAAUUCCGGUUUGCCAAGAUGCCAGAUGAGCCAGUGGAGGAGACUCCCCCUUUGUCCCUGAGUGGUGGUAUGGGAAUGUCCGCAGUGCACUCCUCCUCCUCCUCUUCCUCCUCAUCCUCUUCCUCAGAGAGCGAGCCCAGCAGCGAGAGUGAGAGCGAGACGGAGAGCAGCCCCAGCUCAGACAGCGAGGAGGAGAGAGCACACCGGCUGGCGGAGCUGCAGGACCAGUUGAGAGCUGUGCAUGAGCAGCUUGCAGCGCUGUCCCAGGGCCCCAUCUCCAAACCCAAGAGGAGGAAGGAGAAGAAAGAGAAGAAGAAGAGGCGGAAGCCGGAGAAGCACAAGGGUGGCCGCAGGGCCGUGUCUGACUACCUGGAGAGACCCGCCAAGAUCCCCAAGACAAAGCCUGGCAGAGCAGCCCCCACUUCCACACAGGGCAAGAAAGCAGCCGGCAAGAAGAGCAGCAAGAGCAACAAGUCCUCGAAGAAGUCGCAGUCAGUGGCGGCGGCGGCACCGCGCUUCGCCCCCGUGGCGCCCUCUUCGUUGCCGCCGCACUAUGACUCGGAAGAGGAAGAGGAGGGGCGGCCCAUGAGCUACGACGAGAAGCGGCAGCUGAGCCUGGACAUCAACAAGCUGCCGGGCGAGAAGCUGGGCCGCGUGGUGCACAUCAUCCAGUCCCGCGAGCCCUCGCUGCGCGACUCCAACCCCGAGGAGAUCGAGAUCGACUUUGAGACGCUGAAGCCCUCCACCCUCCGCGAGCUGGAGCGCUACGUCAUGACGUGCCUGCGCAAGAAGCCGCGUAAGCCCUACGUGGUGAAGAAGGCAGGCAGUGGGAAGUCCCGGGAAGAGCUCGCUCUGGAGAAGAAGAGAGAGCUGGAGAGGAGACUGCAGGAUGUCAGUGGCCAGCUCAACUCUGCCAAGAAGCCACCAAAAACCAAGGCGGAGAAGCCCAGCGGAGUGGAACCCCAUGCCAUGGUCUCCCGCCUCAGCGCCAGCAGCUCCAGCUCAGACUCUUCCUCUUCGUCGUCCUCCUCCUCUUCCUCGGACACCAGUGACUCAGACUCGGGGUGAAGUCUGGCGUGGACCCACAGGAGAGAGGACAGCUCUAGGCAGGGCUGCAGCCCAAGCUGAGAGAGAGAGAGGACAGCUAUAGGCAGAGCCACAGCCCGAGCCGGGAGAGAGAGAGAGAGGGAGAGAGAGAGGCUCAGAACUGCACACGACGGGCUGUACGAUAGCUCUGCCACCUGAGGAGCGAGAAUGAGCCGAGCACAGCUCAGUCUCAUCCACUCCCGACCCGACACCUGUCUAUUCUUUCCCUCACUGUGUAAAUAUAUGUACAAAAAUGACCCUAUUUUUCUUUUAUAAAGAAGAAUUUUAAGGAAAUCCCUUAAGAGGGAAAUGGAAGAAUGAAGGGAUGGAGAACAGUCUUUGGGAAGAAUGGGAUGGUUGCUUUUUGUGUGUGAUUGCUUUAACUUGCUUCAAUUGGUCUUGGGUCUUUUGAAUUCAAAACCUGGGCUUCUGUGUCAAGCCCUUCUUAGGAGCAUGAGAGUCACAAGGGGAAGAGGUCCAAAAUGUCACCGGAUGAAAGUUCCUCAUGUUCAUCAGAAAGGUUCUGGUCUUGUCAAGAUGCAGGCCUCAGACUGAGGGUUAUAGCUAAAAUCCAGAAGGGUCCAGUCCAGCUCACCAAAGGUGCUUUUACAAUGCUGCCAAUCAAAAAGGCAAAACUACUACACUGAUGUAAGACCACACAGACAUCUUUCAUUUUUAGUUUCAGUUUUAUUACAAACACAAAUCCACCAUUUACAGUGCCGAUUCUGACAUAGUUCAAGUUCAUACUGUGUAGUAUUUGCACUGAUGGAAAUACUUUGGACUGAUGGUUUGUGGUUUGAAUAUGCUUACAGUGGUUCAGUUUGCUGUUUACAGGGGUUACAUAGCAUUUUGCAAUGUAUAAUUGUGAAGAAAUGCUUCUUUUUUCUUUGACUAACAGCUAUUUAGAGUAAUCUGAGGCCCUCCCCACUCCACUUAAUAUUUAAAUAUAAGUUCAGAAAUGUUUCAGGUUAGGUAAUGACAAUGCUAUUGCUUAUUGGAGCUAAAUGCAGCUGUCACCAUUUCAGGGUGGUGACUGAACUUUCCACAUACAAUAUGUUGGCCAUAUAGCUUUGCAUAUCCAUUAUUACUGAUUGGCUCCUGGCUUAUUGUUUGUUGAUUGGCUCCCGACUCACUGUAUGGAUGGUGUAUAUCUGUCUGUUUAGCGGUACAUUUACAUAGGAGGAAAUCAUGCUUCCGCCAGGGCAGCAGCAGCUGAACAGAAAGAGCCAGAAACAGGAGCAGUGAUGGGCGUAAGGGAGGUACAGAAUUACCCUGGAGACUGAAGAACUAAGCAAGUGGAAGAGUUUUGGUGCGAGCAUUGAUUUGUAAUUUAUUUUUAUGGCCCAGUUAAAGGUGUGAGAUGUUUUGUACAGAGACUGCACAGAUCUCCCGCUGAUGCAGGGCCCAGGAUGAACAACCAUACAGAUGUAAUACAGAGGUACAAAUGAAAGGUAUGGAAGUGCUAAAUAACCGUUUUAUAAAAAUAAAAAAUAAGAAACAUUGUAAAUAUUUCUGCACUUGGACAGCUGAACAGCAUGAUUCUACUCGUGAGUUACUUUUUCUGUAUUUUGUUUUUCUUUUGCAUCGUUUAGUUUUUUUCUUUAGAACCAUGGCGUUUUUUUUUUUUUUUUUUUCUUGGUAAACUUUCUAAGAAAAUGACACAAAACCACUUUCAGAGAAGCAUCAGUCUUAUGCAUCUGCAAGCAUACCUUUCUGAGAAGAGUGUACAUAUUAAAGAGAAAUGCUCUUUAAA